AUGGAAUCCCCUGAUCCUGUUAUGGAUUCAUUUAUUCCAAAUUUUUUGGGUAAUAGUGCAACAUUAAAGAAUAUUAAUUUGACUGGGUUGUUAUCACAGUUUGAUGUCACUACAAUUGAACUUUCUACACAAACGUAUCCAACAAUAGCUUAUGCAAGAGUAGUACUUUUAGGCUUAUCAACUAAUGAAAUUCUUGAUCCAGUUUCAACUUUUGAUUCAACAACUAAUAAUAAUCAAAGAUCUAUAUUUGUGCAAUGUUUGUCAGCAAUAUCUCAACAAAGAAGUGCAAAUACUGAUGAAUUCAUAAAAUAUUGGGAGUCAAUUGAUGCUAAUUAUUUGUCAGUACAAGCAUCUUCUGUACCCUGUGAACAAUUAUUCUCUUUGACUGGUAAUGUAGUAAGCAAAAAAAGAAAUAAAUUGAGUGAAAGUACAACUAGAGCAUGUUUGUGUUUAAGAAAUCAUUUCUCACAUCUUGGAAGAGUGCCAUUAUCACAUUCCACUUUACAAUCUUUACAAAUAAAAGAUAUAUCAAAGUAUUGCUCUGUCUCA